GUGGGCGCCGUGAUCGCGCCUGGCUUCUUCCGGACGCCUUUGGGCCCCUUCCUCCGCGUGUUGUGCGUGGGAGCUGCUCUCGAGCGGCUUUUGGGAGCCGGUGGCCGGUGGGGGUGAUUUCUUGGUGAAGGAGUCGCCCAGGCAGCAGACCCGGGACCGGGCUUGAGGGCGGCGACUGGGGCAAGACACAUCUGCCCAAGGCCAAGGCCAGACGUGGUGGGACAUCCCCUGCCUGGAUGAGCCCGGUUCCGCUCUGGCUCGGACCCCGACUAUCUCCUUGAUCUUGGAUGGUUCACUUUCAUUUUCCUGGGUCUUAAUAGCCUCAUCUGUAAAAUGGAGAGCUUGGACUCGCUGUUUCUCAAGGCCUUUUUACCCCAGAACUUCUGUGACAGGCCCUCUUAGGGCCUCUUAUUGGGACUUUCCAGUUUAACAAAAACAAAACCUGACUUGUAAAAACUAGGAUCUUUCUUUCUCUCCCAACCUCCGCUCCCCUCCCCCGCCCCCCAUACCUUCCCCAAAGCUCAGUGAAGCGCCCGGUUCCUGGGAAGGCUGGGCACUCAGUGUCUGGAGAAAUGGAGACCUUUGCUCAGCAGGACGCAGGUGCAGCUAAUCUGGGUGCCCCAGAAUGAACCACAGCCCUGAGAAGGGGAAGUAGACACCUAGCUGGCUCUUGGCUAUGGCCUGUGAACCGCAGAUGGACCCAGGUGGGGCGGCUGGCCCCUUGUCCACCUCCUCCGCUGGUUGGAGCGCCUUGCCGGUGGGGAGCCCUCCUGGCUGGGGGCAAGAGCUCCGCAAUGGCCAGGUCCUCACAGUUCUCCGGAUUGACAAUACCUGUGCACCCAUCUCCUUUGACCUGGGAGCCGCAGAAGAGCAGCUACAGACCUGGGGCAUUCAGGUCCCGGCUGACCAGUACAGAAGCUUGGCGGAGAGCGCCCUCUUGGAACCCCAAGUGAGAAGAUACAUCAUCUACAACUCGAGGCCUAUGCGGCUGGCUUUUGCUGUGGUUUUCUACGUGGUGGUGUGGGCCAACAUCUACUCGACCAGCCAGAUGUUUGCCCUGGGGAACCACUGGGUGGGCGUGCUGCUCGUGACCCUGGCCGCGGUCAGCCUGACCCUGACUCUCAUGCUCAUCUUCGAGAGACAUCAGAGGAAGGCCAACACCAACACAGACCUAAGGCUGACAGCUGCCAACGGAGCCCUCCAGAGACACCGGGUGCUGCUGGGAGUGACAGACACGGUGGAAGGCUGCCAGAGCGUGAUUCAGCUCUGGUUUGUCUACUUUGACCUGGAGAACUGUGUGCAGUUUUUGUCUGAUCAUGUUCGAGAAAUGAAGACUAACCAAGAGUCCUUGCUGAGAAACAGAUUGAGCCAGCUCUGUGUUGUCAUGGAGACUGGGGUGAGCCCCACGACAGUGGCAGAGGGGCCUGAGGACCUGCUGGAGGAAGCUCCUCUCCUGCCCAGCAGUCCUCAUCCCAUGGAGAGUCCGCUCAUGCAGACCGAGCUUCUCCAGCUGGUUCCCGACGCUGAGCCGGAGGAAAUGGCCCAGCAGCUGCUGGCAGUGUUUGGUGGCUAUUACAUCCGGCUCCUGGUGACCUCCCAGCUCCCCCAGGUAGCGGGGACACGACACACGGACUCUCCAAGGGUUCCAUGCCCCUGCCAGCUCAUAGAAGCCCACAUCCUGGGCACGGGGUGCUGCCCGUUCCUGGCCAGGUGACCUAGGGACAAAGGUUCUCAUCUCCCUUCAAGACAGAAGGUGAGAAG